AUGCCAACGACAUCAAUAUACAUUGUCGGCCCCUCCUCUACUGGUAAAACGACGCUUUGCCGCGCACUUGCUGAGAAGCUUGGGUUGAACAGCGAUGCGAUCGUGGGCGAGGUAGCUAGAGAGGUGAUGCGGAGGACCGGCUUCACAAGGAACGAUGUCGGUCGGCUGGAGAUGCAGAGGGCGAUCAUGGAGGCCCAUCUAUUGGAGGAGGAGAAGAAAUCGGGAGCUCGCAUACAACUCUGCGACCGUUCAGCGAUAGACCCGAUCGUUUAUGCGCUUUUGACUGCAAUCGACGAGCACGACGCAAAGGAGAAGUAUGAGCGCUUGACUGACAGCGAGGCUUUUCAGCGCGCUCUCAUGCGAUAUCGCAACGCCAUCUUCGUUCUGCUGGCACCAGUCCAAGAGUGGCUCGUCGACGACGGGGUUCGUAAUACGGAGAAUCAGCUGGAGUAUUUCGGGCUGUUCAAGAAAACGUUGGCUGAGUUGGACAUUUCGUUUCAUGAGAUUGGAAAGGAAAUGAUGGGGCUUGGAGAUCGGGUUGAUCGGGUUUUGGGGAUUGCUCAACUCUGA